CGAUCCUUAACGCUGAGGGGGCAGCUAGCUGGGUCGAGCAGUGUUGGGAGGGGUUGCCGAGUGAAUCUGUGGCGAGGCAGGGUAAGGCGGCCGGCACCAUGUCGAGGCAGGCGAACCGUGGCACCGAGAGCAAGAAAAUGAGUUAGUGUGGAAUGGAAACUGAGAUAAUGAAAAAUAGAAUGCACUAUGUAAGCAAAAGGCACUCGCUUUACUCUUCUUGCAGUGACCUCAUCGCCAGGCCUGAGGAUGAGAGCUCUGAGCUCUUCACCCUGACCUACGGGGCUCUAGUUACCCAGCUCUGCAAGGACUAUGAAAAUGAUGAAGAUGUGAAUAAACAGCUGGACAAAAUGGGCUAUAACAUUGGAGUCCGACUGAUUGAAGAUUUCUUGGCACGGUCAAACGUCGGGAGGUGCCAUGACUUUCGGGAAACUGCAGAUGUCAUUGCCAAGGUGGCAUUCAAGAUGUACUUGGGCAUCACUCCAAGCAUCACCAAUUGGAGCCCAGCUGGUGACGAAUUCUCCCUCAUUUUGGAAAAUAAUCCCUUGGUGGACUUCGUGGAACUUCCUGAUAACCACUCAUCCCUUAUUUAUUCCAAUCUCUUGUGUGGGGUGUUGCGAGGAGCCUUGGAGAUGGUCCAGAUGGCUGUGGAGGCCAAAUUUGUCCAGGACACCCUGAAAGGAGAUGGUGUGACAGAAAUCCGGAUGAGGUUCAUCAGGCGGAUUGAGGACAACCUCCCAGCUGGAGAGGAAUGACCAUCCCCAGGACUUCAGGGCAGCCAGCAGGAGCACUUGUUGGAUCAGACAGCCUCAGUGCUCCUUCUGCCUUCGAGAAUUCAGUGACUCUUUAACGGAUGUUAUAUAUUCUUCUAACCUUCUUUCCAUUCUCCAUGUUAAUAAAGAGCAGACUGUGAUAUAGUCUGUUUACCUACAA